AUGUCCGUCAAGUUUGCCAUCAGCUCUGGCGCUCUGUCACUGGCGCUAUUGCUCUUCGGCCAUGGCCACCUCACCAAGGCAGCAAAGGACCCGGACACUACUUAUAUUUACUUUGACAACAUCCCAUAUCUUGCCAACGCCUCCAAUGUCAUCCCGAUGUCCUGGUCCGCGCUGGAAGCCGGCUUUGCAGAUCCCAUCCGCGAGGACGUUGCCAAUUUCACCGGUCUAGACUGGACAAAGCCGUACCCCGGGAGCCCGCUGCCAGGCUUCACUGCCCAUCUGCGGAUAGCGGACCACCUGCCUUUUCCGCCCGCUGUGACGGAGGAGAAUGCCACAAUCGACGUAGCAGCUCUCAACAACGGCAUCCCACCGUCCAUGAGAAAGGCAGAUGGCCUCCCC